UCCGUGAUUUUUUCGAAAAUGAAUGACGACCGGACAAACUCGAUUCGCAUUUGCCAGGAUGGCCACGCAAAUGCACUCGCACUGAAUCGCGAGUGCACCCAAAUUGCGGUAGCUGGUAGAAGUCUGUUAAAGGUAUUUUCUAUUGAGAACGAUGGUUUCACGGAAGUUUGUAAUAUGCGCGGGGGGAAGAAUCAAAACCUCAGUUAUUCGUCGAAUGAUGUUGCUUGGAGUGCACUGGAUUCUAAUAUCCUGGCGACGGCGGCCACUAACGGUGUAGUUUCGGUGUGGGAUCUAUCUAAGUUUGGUCGGCAGAAGCAACUGCUGGUUUACAACGAGCAUGAAAGAACCGCUCAUUCGGUGGCAUUUCACAAUACGGAAUCCAACUUGUUGAUUUCUGGUUCGCAGGAUGGGACAAUUAAAUGUUUUGAUUUACGGUCCGACAAAACGGCCAUUAACACCUACUUUAGUAACUCGGAAAGCGUACGGGACGUUAAGUUUAGUCCACAUGCACCGAAUACUUUUGCUGCGGUGUCCGAGAACGGAACGGUUCAACUGUGGGACAUCAGGAAAAACGAUCGAUGCACGUCCCAAUUCACGGCACACAGUGGUCCGAUUUAUACGUGUGAUUGGCAUCCGCAGCAACAGUGGUUGGCGACGGGCAGCAGAGAUAAACAAAUUAAGAUUUGGAAUACAAAUCCCAAGAAUUCAUCGUUGGAAAACCCAAAAAAUGUUUCACUUGAGUACAGCAUUCACACGAUUGCUGUUGUCGGAAGGGUCCGUUGGCGACCGGACAAGAUGUAUCACAUCGCUAGUUGUGCCCUGGUGGUAGACUACAGUAUCUAUAUCUGGGAUGUUCGUAGACCAUUCAUCCCAUAUGCUUCUUUCAACGAGCACUCGAAUGUGACCACCGGAAUCGCUUUCAAGGGGAAUGAUUCUCACAUUCUGUUGUCCACCAGUAAAGACUCCACUAUAUACAAACAUGUUUUCAAAGAUGCUGCCAGACCAGCUUUAAAGGCAAACCCUCAGGGAGCAAACUUUAACUAUAAAGGUGAUUUACUUUAUGCCUACAAGAUGAAGUUGAUUGGACCACCUGCUCCGGUGCAUAAAACAAGCAUUCUAGGAAGUCGUCAAAAAACGCCUCCAUCAACCGAUCAGUUUCACCUGGCGAAAUCUAGUUUAUACCAUUUUAUAACAAAAUUAGCAUCACAAAACUCUAAAGACGUAACGAAAACAUCCCUGCUUAAAGAUUACCAAGCUUUGAAGGGCUGUGCAAGAGAGUACAUUUUGAAUGGGGCUUCGUUGGCAGAGAUCUGCGCCCAUAAUGCAGCUAUCGCCAAAAAAUAUGGUAAAACAAAUGUUAGCUUCCUGUGGAAUUUCAUCAGUCAAUUGUAUGCGUACAGUUCGAUGGCAAGUUUAAAGUUAGAGCAGCGCAACUCUAAUGCAAGCCAGAGUCAUUCGAAUCGAUUGAUGGCCCAAAACUCAAACCAAUCGAGCAGUGGUCGGAUGGGUGAUGAUAAAGGAGGCAGUAAUCCCAAUCUCGGAAAUGCUAUCCAACCGCAGGGCAGUACAGACGAAUUCCAUGAUUUUCUACAUCCAAAAGGCGAAGCAAAUAGUUUGCUUCCCGGGAAAGGACAGCUGCUUUCCGUCGACAUCGAACCCAACUUUAGCGAUUUUGUAUUCGGCGAAACGGAGUUAACCUUCGAUAACGUGAACUGCAUCAAAGGUUUCCGUGAUGGAUUCCUUUAUACUGGGCCACAUGAUUUGAUUAAGGAUUACACGUUUCCCUCGUCGAAUCUGAUGAACGCGCAUGAUCUCCAGGCGCGCCCUAGGAAAGAACACCGUGCCGAUAGUGCACCGGAACACUCACCACCGCCCAAUCCUCCCUCGUUUCUGAAAAUCUGUGACAACAAUCAAUCGAACCCUCCCCUUUGGGAGCCACAUCAAGUUUUAGCGGACUGCCUCACUCUGCAGACAGAAAUAGGAGACGUACAAACUGCAACUUGCAUUCUGAUAGCUCUAGGGGAUCGACGCCACAGUCUGCAAAUCGAUGAAAUUGUCCAUGAAAACUGGUUACUUUCGUAUGUAGAACUGCUUCACAGGCAUCAGUUGUGGAACGAAGCCACACAGAUCAUUAACCUUAGCUGGAUUCGCUCGGUGUCGGACAUGAAUCAGCAAUCUACCACGAUGCACACCAAUUGUGGCGACUGUGGACGACCGCUGCUGAAUGCGGUCGGUUGGUACUGCUCGAAGUGCCGCUCGGUGCAGAGUUCCAAGUGCAGUGUUUGCAACGGGGUCGUGCGCGGACUGUAUGCCUGGUGUCAGGGGUGUUCGCACGGGGGACACCUGGAACAUCUGAAGGAGUGGUUUAGCCUUAACCCCAAAUGCCCUAAGUGUGGUCAUCUGUGCGAGUACGAAUAGGAUUCGAUGGUGGCAGGUGCUGCUGUUAAAGGUAAUUGUAAUAUA